AGCGGAUCCGUCUGUUCCGUUUCCUUCCGUUUGUAAAGGGAAGGACGGAUCCGUUAUUCAAAUUUCAGAGAUAAAAAGAUGCAAUCUGUUAAGCAAAUACUACAAGUGGCUAUAAAAGAAAACCGAAGUUCACUUACCACUCAGAAGUUCCUUCUGCUGAGUGUAAAGAUGAUGCCAGACCAUAUUAGUUUUGGAUUUCAGGCUCUAAUUCUGGUUUCGCGCUGGAGAAGACGUCUUCGAGACAGACAGCGUAGAAAGCGUCGCUAUUGGGUGCAUCCAAUAACCUCUGCAAGAAUAAGAAGGGGAGUUUUUGAAACUCUGUUUCCCGAAUUGAGGAAUUAUCCUGACAAAUUUUUCAAUUACUUACGGAUGACGGUAGAAAGUUUUGAUGAUCUCUUACAACGGGUGUCACCUCACAUUCAAAGACAAGACACCACUUUCCGCCGCUGUGUUUCCCCAGCAGAACGCCUGUUGUUGACCAUAAGGUUUCUUGCAAGUGAAGAAAGUUUUAGCUCGCUCCAUUUCCAAUUUCGCCUUGGCAUAUCGACUGUUUCCAUUAUUGUGAAGGAGACAUGCCGUGUUUUGUGGGAUCAACUUCAUGACAAAUUUAUUCCACAUCCAACUAGACAGCAUUGGUCAGAAAUUGCUGAAAAAUAUUGGGACAUUUGUCAGUUUCCCAACUGCAUAGGUGCAGUAGACGGGAAACAUAUAAGAAUAAUCACGCCCCAAGGAACCGGAUCUGAGUUUCACAACUAUAAGAAAUAUUUUUCAAUAAUUCUAAUGGCUAUCGCUGAUGCAGAAUAUCGUUUUGUUGCCGUCGACGUGGGGGCCUAUGGACGCACCAAUGAUUCCAUGGUUUUUAAAAAUUCUUAUAUGGGCCGUAGUCUAUAUAACAGAGAAUUUGAUUUCCCGCAGCCUCAACCACUGCCAGGUACUGAUGCCCCACCCAUGCCGUUUGUAUUGGUUGGUGAUGAGGCCUUCCAAAUGUGUGGAAAUCUUCUGAAACCUUAUUCAAGCCGCGGAUUAAAUUGA